AUGUCUAAGAAAACGAGAAGUGCAAUAGAAUGUCCUAUUUUUGGUGAACCAAAAGACUUGGUGUGUUUGGUUUUACCUACUUUUUGGGAUAUAAUGAAUUAUUUUUUAUGGGUUCGACAUAACCUAGAACAAGAACGGGUUAACCGCAAUCUUCUUGUGUCUGAGACUUCAGAAAUUGUUGCUCAAAAAAUAGAAGAGAUUUGGAAAUCUGCGUCAGUACCAACAGUAAGUCAUCAAAGAAUUCCGGCGCUAAUUAAAGAGUACCAGAAGAAACGAAAAGAUCUUCUUAAGCCACAUCAACAAAGAAAAGACGUUCCUUCCUAUAAAUCUAAAAUUGAAGCUUUUAUAAAGGAUAACCAAAGAUUAUUUGACUUUGCAGCAUGCAAAUGUGCCGAGUUUGAAAGCUGUUCUUAUUUAAAACCAAAUAAGGUUCUUCUAAGAGAACGCCCAUUUCUUAAAGAUCAGAGAGCCGAAACCGAGUACACUGAUUCUGAAAGUGAGCCAGGUAAGUCUGAUUAUAAUAAAGACGACCCUGCUCCCAAAAUGACACUUUUUUCUAAAGAACCAAGUACGUCAGGCUUAAGAAAUCGUAAUCUUAGCAAUCUCAGCGUGUUGGAAAAUACGUUAGAUAGAUACGAGGUUUCAGACAGAGCAGGUGCUACAAUAGCUUCAGCCGUGUUCCAGGAUUACGGAAUUGUUACCAGCAAAGCCUCCCAAAAUAUCAUUGACGGUCAUAAAGUCAGACGUGCAAGACAGAAAAAAAGACAGAAGCUAAAAAAGUCUUCAAAAAUAUCCAUGUUACGUGGUUUGUAUUUCGAUGGCCUGAAUAAACUUCUUUUGCGACAUUUGCUUCAACACCUCGAUGGUGAAACAACUGGUCUUAGAACAUUUCAAGGGUCUGUUGGAAAGCUAUUAUCCAACUGCGAAAAUCUACCAAUCAUGGAAUUUUCUAAAAUAGAGUGCGAAUUGUCUGAUAUUGACACUAUCUUCGAAUUAAGUACAGAUCAAAAAUACCUUCACUAA